AUGGCGGCGGCGUCCACGCCGCCGCCGCCGCCGUCCGCGGACGCGCCCGCGCCUCGCGCGAAAAAAACCGCGCUGGAUUACAUGCUCGGCGGGAACUCCGUGAAGACGAACGGAUACCUCGCCGCGUUCGCGUCGAACGCGCCGCUUUUGCGCGCGCUUCGUUCCGACGAGGCGUACGCUUCGAUAAUACGAACGCACGGCCUGAAGAAGGAGAUAACGGAAGCGUCCGCCGCGUUAAACCGCGUGAAACGAUGCAUCGAGCGACUGACGUCUCACGACACGAGCGCGGGGGGCGCGAAACGCAAAGACGGCGCCGGCCUGUGCUUCGUGGACCUGUGCAGCGGCAAGGGCUUCCUGUCGAUGCUGCUGGCGUGGGAGUUUCCGAAAGCGAAAGUGCUGCAGGUGGACAACGACGACAACCUCACGCGAUUGGACCACCUCACGUCGCUCCCCACCAUCACGUUCCAUCGCGAGGACAUCUACUCCGAAAACGCGCAGAAGCUCGUAUCGGACGCGGUGCGCGACGCCGCGUGCGAGGCGUGCGUCGUCCUCGGCGUGCACCUGUGCGGCGAACUGUCGCGGAGGGCGGUGACGCUGUGGCGCGACUCCGGCGCCCACGCGCUGGUCCUCGCGCCGUGCUGCCUCCCUCGCCGUCGCCGCCACGACGCGUUCGGUUUCCACGUGAAAGAUCAAGCGCGCGCGAUGAAGGUGCCGUCGUAUCAGCUCUGGUGCACGAUGCUGUACGGGCUGUUGCCGCGCGAGAGUCACCACUGCGAGAUGUGCGCGGACGACGACGUCGUCGGUCCCUUCGGGACGUUCGUCUGCGCGACGAGGAAAGGCGCCGCCGGCGUCGACGCGGGACGCGCGGAGGGCGCGGUGCGGCGCGGGAUCAGGGCGGGGCGGGAGGCGAGCAAGUGGGUCAUCUUGCGCGAUGGAUGA